CAAACGCGAAGGCCCGUGAACGGCAGGCCGAGCAGGCAGCCAUGUUGUUUGUCUGACAGCAACAGGUAGUUGGAGUUAAAGGGGGGUGGAGAGCCUGAAUUCUCCGCUGUAACCGAAAGACCAGCCGCCUCGCCGCAGGUAUAGGAGCGGACUCGGAUAGAGGAUAGUUACGCCUGAACGAUAAUGACCGUGACUGUGUGAUGUGGAGCGCAGAUGCCUGAGCUAGCCAGCUGAGACGAGGAUCAGGACCACUCUCCUCCUGUGUCCCCUCCACCACCACCUGCAGUCAUGAAUGGUGGUCGUAGCAUUUGGGCUAUAACUCCAGAGGAGAGAGAUAAACAUGAUCAGAAAUUCGACGGUCUCUCCCCAGCACAGGGUUUUGUGUCUGGGGAGCAGGCACGAAAGUUCUUCCUGCAGUCAGGCCUCCCUGCUUCUGUGCUGGCUGAAAUUUGGUCUCUGGCUGACAUGAACAAGGAUGGUAAAAUGGACCGUCUGGAGUUCUCCAUUGCAAUGAAACUGAUCAAGAUGAAGCUGCAAGGUCAGAAUCUGCCUACGGCUCUGCCCAUUAUCAUGAAGCAGCCACCAGUGCCUGCUCCCAGUAUGCCAGUAGCACCACUCGGGAUUGGAUCCAUGUCAAAUAUACCCAUGAUGCCCACUAUGCCUGUUCUUGCACCUCUGACCUCAUUAAGCCCUAUGCAGGGCGUGGCCCCCAUGAUGCCCACUGGACUGGCCAUGCCAAUAAUGCCCACAAUUAGCACUCCUGCUCUGCCCAACGGGCCUGUGGGUAUCUUGCAGCCCAUUCCUGGUAACACUCUCCCACUGAACAGCUCCUUUACUUCCCCUCCUUUGGGUUCUUCUUCCACCUUUAUGAACAUGUCAUCAUCUCUUCUGGACCUGGGUUCAAGCAGUUCCAACUCCUCUUCCACCACAUCUUUAGCCAGCAACUCUCCUAUGGCCGGCCCCUCGGACUGGGCUGUGCCGCAUUCAUCCCGCCUCAAAUAUAGGCAGCAGUUCAACAGUCUGGAUAAGCAGAUGACUGGCUAUCUUACAGGCCUUCAAGUGAGAAUUGCAAUGGCUUCAACUUUACUAACUCAGACCCAGCUAGCCGCCAUCUGGAACCUGGCAGAUGUAGACAAAGACGGUAAACUGAGGGCAGAAGAGUUUAUUCUAGCUAUGCACCUAGUUGAUAUGGCCAAGCAAGGACAGCCUCUGCCUCUCUCUCUUCCUCCGGAUCUAGUGCCCCCAUCACUCAGGGGCAAAGUGGGCGAGUCGCUGAAUGGAACUGCCAGUCCAUCCAUCUAUGCAGCGUUGCCUGAUGAGUUUACUGAGGCUGAUCCACCGCAGAAAUCCAAGAACUUGAGCUUUGAAGACAAGUUUAAGCGAAACCUGGAGCUGGGGAACGCGGAGCUGGAGAAGCGGCGGCAGGCUUUACUGGAGCAGCAGCGGCGGGAGGAGGAGAGAAGAGCACAGAAAGCCCGUGAAGAGCAAGAGAGGAGAGAGAGAGAGGCACGUGAGCUGGAGCUGAGGAGGAAGAGAGAGGAAGAGCAGCGGCUGGAGCGACAGAGGGAGCUGGAGAGGCAGAGAGAAGAGGAGAGACUCAAAGAGCUGGAGAGGAAAGAGGCAGCUAAAAAGGAGCUGGAGCGCCAGCGGCAACUGGAGUGGGAGAGGAGGAAAAAGCAAGAGCUCCAGAGCCAGAAAAGCCAGGAACAGGAGGACAUCAUCCGCCUUAAGGCCAAGAAGAGAAGUCUAGAGAUGGAGCUCGAAGCUGUGGGCAACAAGCACAAACAAAUCUCUGACAAACUCAGGGGUGCCCAGGCCAAAAAGAAAGUCGAGAAAAUUGAACUGGAUGGGAUCAACCAGAAGAGAGACAGCUGCAUCAUAGAAAUCAGCUCCUUACAGCAGCAGUUUGAGGAGUUGCAGAGACAGCUGGCACAGUUGGCUCCAGAGCAGCAGAAGCUGAAUGAGAAACUUCGAAGUAUGAAUCUGAACAACGUGCAAACUUCAACAAUGACCACAUUACAAAAGAGUGUUACAGAGAAAGACGUCAACUGUCGAAAGCUGAAAGAACAACUUGAUGUUUUAGAGAAAGAAACAGCAGCAAAACUGUCAGAAAUGGAUCAGUAUAAGAAGGACAUACAGGAACUCCGAGAGAGCCAAAGGAAUCAGCAGGCAGCUCUGGAAAAACUGCGUCUCAUCAAAGAAGACAAACUUCGAGAGCUCAAGAACCGUAAACAGGAGGAACUGGAGAGGAGGAAGAGGGAGGAGGAAGAGCAGCGGCGCAUCAAGCAGGAGAAGGAGCGCCAGUGGCAAGAGAAGCUGAGACGAGAUGAGGAGGAGAGACAGAAGAAACUGCAGGAGGAGCGAGAGGCCAAGCUUCGUGAGGAGGAGGAGAGAGAGAGACAGGCCCGCCUGCAGGCUGCCAAAGAACAGGCAGAGAGGGAGCGCAGGGCUCGAGAGGAGGAGGAGAGGAGACGGAGGGAGGAGGAGGAGAGGAGACGGAGGGAGCAGGAGGAGGAAAGGAGACGGAGAGAGGAGGAGGAGAGGAGGAGAAUUGAGGAGGAGGACCACAAGAGGCGAGAAGAAGAGAGGAAGAAAAUAGAGGAGGAGAGGAGGAAGCUGGAAGAGGAGCGGAGAAAACUGGAGGAGGAGAAACAAAGACAGGAGGAGGAGAGGAGGAGACAGGAAGAAGAGAGGAAGUGGGAGGAGCGGAAGAAAGCAGAGGAGGAGAGGCGAGAGGAGGAAAGGAGGCGGCACCGAGCACAGGAAGCAGCUGUCAGGGACGCAGAGGAGCGAAAGAGAAAAGAGGAGGAGAGGAGGAAGCAGGAGGAAGAGAGGAGGAAGCAAGAGGAGGACGACAGGAAGAGGCGAGAGGAAGAGAAAAGGAAACAAGAUGAGGAGCGGAGGAGAAAGCAGGAGGAGGAGGCGGCUGGUGCUGCUGCUGCUGCUGCAAGGCUGAAAGAAGAGCAGCAGAAUAAGCAGAAUAAACAGAAUAACAAGCUGAGUAAUUCCAAAGCGGACCUUGUCGCUGCUCUGCUUCGAGGCCUGGAGGAGAGGAAAGGUAAUAGGCUGCCAAUUCACAGAAAAUCAGCAGCUCUGACCAGAUUUAAAGCACUCUACCCCUUUGCAGCGAGGAAUGAGGAUGAACUCUCCUUUGAGACGGGUGAUGUAAUUGAGGUGGAUGAGACCAUUGAAAGGGAGGCUGGUUGGCUCUAUGGCAGCCAUCAGGGAAAAGUGGGCUGGUUCCCUGAGAGCUAUGUGGAAAAGCAGUCAAAGCCUGAGCCCCCUGCCAAACCAGCUCUUAAGCCUCAGGCCUCCCUCUCCGUCUCUAACAAACUCACUGAGGCUUCUGUUCCAAGCGGAUUAGGCCAGAACUCUGCCUUCACCCCCACUCAUGCCCCGACUACCACCUCCUCUGAGCACAACCAGAUGGUGGGGAACCUUAAGGUUCAAGCCUUAUGUUCUUGGACAGCUAAAACAGACAGCCACCUCAACUUCUCCAAGGAUGAUGUGAUCAUGGUUCUGGAGCAGCAGGAGAACUGGUGGCUUGGAGAGCUAAAUGGAAAGCAGGGCUGGUUCCCCAAAAGCUACGUCACUGUGCUGAGCAGCAGCGACACAUCGACAGAUUCCACGGAAGGACUUGACUCGUCCGCAGCAGACGGCUCUUCUCUUGAGGAAUAUGUGGCUCUCUAUACCUAUGAAAGCCCUGAACCUGGAGAUCUGACCUUCAACGAGGGAGACACUGUUUUGGUGAUACAGAGAGAAGGAGAGUGGUGGAGAGGCAGCAUAGGAGACCGCUCUGGACUCUUCCCCGCCAACUAUGUUAAACCGAAGGAAACUGAUACUUCAAAGCUUGGUUUGCCUGGAAAGAAGCCAGAGAUAGCCCAGGUGACAGCUCCAUAUACGGCCUCAGGGACUGAGCAGUUGAAUCUGGUUCCUGGCCAGCUUAUCCUCAUCCUCAGUAAGAACCCCACUGGCUGGUGGCUGGGGGAACUGCAGGCGCGUGGUAAGAAGCGUCAGAAGGGCUGGUUCCCAGCAUCUCACGUCAAGCAACUGGGCUCAAACAGCGGCAAGUCAACCCCUGCAGCUGUAGCAGUCUGCCAGGUCAUUGCCAUGUAUGACUACACGGCGGCCAACCAGGACGAGCUCAGCUUCUCCAAGAGUCAGCUCAUCAACGUGCUGGACAAAAGUGACCCUGACUGGUGGAAGGGAGAGAUCAACGGAGUCACGGGCCUGUUCCCCACCAACUAUGUGAAAAUGACAACCUCAGAUUCUGACCCUUGCCAGCAGUGGUGCGCUGAUUUGACCAGCCUGGACUCCAUGAGCCCUCAGGAGAAGAAACGGCAGGGCUACAUCCACGAGCUCAUUGAGACAGAAGAGCGAUACAUGGAGGACCUUCAGCUGGUCCUGGAGGUGUUCCAUAAGCCAAUGUCUGAAUCGGGACGGCUGACUGAAGCUGAGAUGAAUAUGAUUUUCGUCAACUGGAAAGAGCUCAUAAUGUGCAACACAAAGCUGCUGAAGGCCCUUCGAGUGAGGAAGAAGAUGGGAGGAGAAAAGAUGCCUGUGCCGACGGUGGGCGACAUUCUGGCUGCGGAGCUCUCUCACAUGCAGGCCUACAUUCGCUUCUGCAGCUGCCAGUUAAACGCUGCCGCGUUGCUGCAACAGAAGACCGACCAGGAGCCAGACUUCAAAGAUUUCCUCAAGAAAAUAGCCACAGACUACCGCUGUAAAGGAAUGCCUUUGUCCAGCUUCUUACUGAAGCCUAUGCAAAGAAUUACACGCUACCCUCUCCACAUAAAAAACAUCCUUGAGAGCACUCCUGAGAGUCAUGUGGAUCAUGCUCAGCUGCGGGAAGCUCUAGAGAAAGCUGAGGAGCUGUGCUCUCAGGUGAACGAGGGCGUGCGAGAGAAGGAGAACUCGGAUCGGCUGGAGUGGAUCCAGAGCCACGUCCAGUGUGAGGGGAUCACAGAGAACCUGGUAUUCAACUCUCUAACCAACUGCCUGGGUCCUCGAAAGCUGCUGCACAGUGGGAAACUGUUCAAGACCAAGAGCAACAAGGAACUGUAUGCCUUCCUCUUCAAUGAUUUCCUGCUCUUCACCCAAGCUGUCAAGCAGUUCACCUCCUCAGGCUCAGACAGGCUCUUUAGCCCAAAGUCCAACACCCAGUACAAGAUGUACAAAUCACCUGUGUUCCUAAAUGAAGUCCUGGUGAAGUUGCCAUCUGACCCGUCCAGUGAUGAGCCAGUUUUCCACAUCUCUCACAUUGACAGGGUCUAUACUCUCAAAACAGAGAACAUCAACGAGAGGACUGCAUGGGUUCAGAAGAUCAAGGCAGGUUCAGAGGAGUUCAUCGAGACGGAGAAAAAGAAACGGGAGAAGGUCUAUCAAACUCGUUCUAUGAAAGCCAGUGGAAUUGGUCGUCUGCUUGUCACUAUCCAGGAGGCCACAGAGCUGAAGUCCUCUAAGCCAAAUGGAAAGAGCAACCCGUACUGUGAGGUGACCAUGGGUGCACAAUGCUACACCUCUCGAACUUUAAAUGACACGCUCAACCCUAAGUGGAACUUCAACUGUCAUUUCCACAUAAAGGACCUCUAUCAGGAUGUACUGUGCAUCACCAUUUAUGAACGUGAGCAGUUUUCUCCUGAUGACUUCCUUGGUCGCACCGAGGUUCCUGUAGCCACUAUCAAAAAGGAGCUGGCAAACAAAGGUCCAGCCAUCAGAAGGCUGCUGCUUCACGAAGUGCCCACCGGAGAGGUGUGGGUCAGGCUCGACCUGCAACUGUUUGAUGGCAAAGCCCCGAAUUGAGAGGAUUUGAGCUGAAGAACCCGCCUGUUCAGCACAAACGAGCUACCGAAUUCCUCCAGAUCUUCCAUAUGUUGCCUUUCCUUACAGCUCCUUCAACUACUGUGGAACGUGCUACUGAAUGUGAGACUAUUUCUUGUCAAACGUGUUAAUUGCCCAGUUUUGCAAUUUGCAGCAUUUUGUAUAACAAGUGACCUAAAAUGGAGGACAUUUGUGGUUUUGCCAGACUAGUUUACCACUGGAUGUAGAGAUUUCUCAGGAUUUCUAUUUUUCUCUAAACAUACUGUCUAUUUUGCUGUAGUAGAAGUUGUAUUAUUUCUUUUUUUCUUCAUUUGAUUUGAUUUUUAGUAGAUCAGGAUUGGCACUUGAUCCUGUAAGGGAACACUACUAUCUUUUUUUUUAAGCUUCUUUAACCUUAUACUGUAUAAUUUAUGCACCUAUGCUUUAUUAUGUAGAAAUGCAUUUGCAUCUGCCAGUUUUUCAAAAAUUGGAUUCUUUUAUGGAUCUUAAGUCUUAAGGAAACGGUAGUUUAUUUUCCCAGAAAGUUCCCAAAAAAAAAACGUUUUACUACAUAAUGGUACAAAUGAAGUGAUUACACAGGAGAGACCCUAAAAAAGGACUAAUCACUGUUGAUUUUGUGUGCGUUUUAUUUAUUUUAAUUUAUGCGUCUCUGACUAUCCACACUUUAGGAGCAGCUCACUGUGUUCAUUACUGCCAUCAGCAUUUACACCACACGCUUCAUUAGCCCUCUGCCUUAAACUGCCCAGGAUCUACGAUCCAGUGCAGGUUUUGUUAGGUUUGUUUCAAUUUUAGCUAUAAGUAUGUUUUAAAUACCAUCUCAGUGUCUGCCUUUUUUUAUUAUUAUUAUAUUUUUUUUUUAUCUUCUGGGAGUGCAGGCUUUGCUGAUUUACUCAAAAAUGACACAAGCAGAGUAUCUAACAUGAGCACAAAUAUGCAACAGAAAAAUCAGGGUUCUGAAGCAAAUAAAAAUUUAUUUGACAUUUU